AUGCUGAUAACUCUCAGCCUCAUAGGGGGACUGGCGGGUGUCACUGGCGCUGCCAGCCUCACCAAAUUUUUCUGCGAGGCAUUUGGAAAGGGCAUCAGCUGCAAAGCGCCAGGCAGUUCUUCCAAGAAGGGAGAUUCUCAACUGGAGCGUUGUGACAGUGCGGGCAUCCCAGUGGCCCUUGCAGCUGAUGCACAGCUCAUACGAGGCUUGUUGGACGAUGCAGAGAUCACCUUGCGUGGCUUGCGCAGAGAUAGGCCUGGCCCCUCCAGAAGCUUCAAGGUCAUCAAGCUCAUUGAGAGCUUUCACCCGGAGCUGCAGCCAAAUACCUAUCAGAAGAAAGUGCUAGCGCCAGUCUUCGCGCAUGUAUCAGAUGUGGUCAGAGAAAGGGCAGCAGAUCUCUUGAGGGAGGACCUGGAGAGUGGCUUUUUGGCGGGUGAAAUGGACAGCAUGCACCUGCACGGCGUCACCGCAGCUUAA